UCUCUGAGCCCUCGAGGGUUUAACAAAAGCUUACCUCCAAAACCAACAAACUAGAAUGUGACAGACAUUAUUAAAUGUUGCAUGUGCCUUUAAGAGCACUAUGUCCCAUUCUACAUGUCUCUCUCUGAGCCUCAUAUGUGUUUGUUGGCAUCAGCUGUCCUCAGUGCUGAAUAGAGCAAGGACAUCUUUUCCUUCACGUCAAUGGGAUUAGAGGAAGAAAUACCCUCUUCAUACUGCUGGCUGUCAUCUCCGUGUGAAGAAGACAAAAUGGAAAUGCAGUAUGGACAGACGACAGAAAGAAGAGCAAGAUAAGUCACAAGUUUGGAUUAAAAAGCUGAUCAGUCUUUAGUUUCUUAUACUAACUGAAAAAGAAACGUGUUUUCGAUCUCAAGGGAGAUAUGCAAAUAGGCUGCGGACUCAGAAACAGCAUCCUGCGCUGUUAUUUCGCUGCUUUCUAAACAAUGACUGAACCCAGAGGUCAGAUGAAGAGUUCAAAUGGUGCAAGCAGCACUGUAAUGGGACUGCAGUCUGCUUCAGUCAACCCUGAUGUCCCAUCUUCAUCUUUGUCUCCAAAACUUGGCCAGAGCAACUUUAGGAGAGUCAGCCGCACAGAGGACAGCAGUCCCUACCCGAUCCCCGGCCUAGCAGCAGACAUCCUGCACAUGCGAGUAAAAGAAGGAAGCAAGAUCCGCAAUUUGCUGCGGUUUGCAACAGCUCGCAUGCAAGGGGAGGGAAAAGACAGCAAUGGGACAUCCCUGAGACAGGUGGUUUUCACUGGCUCAGGUAGAGGAGUCACCAAGACCAUCACAUGUGUGGAGAUUCUGAAACGUAAAGUGGGAGGGCUUCACCAGGUGUCCAAGCUCUACUACAAGAUGGUAAAUGAGGUCUGGGAGAGUCCACAACCGGGAGCACCAGAUAUAACCAUGCAGAGGACAGUUCCUGCUAUCUGUAUCCUGCUCUCUAAAGACCCUCUGGAUCCCCAAGAGCCUGGAUACCAACUCCCCCAAACCCUGAAUGUUCCCACAGAGGAUGCUGAGAGAAGUAGAGCUCUGCUCAGGCCAGCUCACAGUCCCUCCUCACAGCACACCGCCAAGAGAGUCUGUCUGAAUGACUGGAGUGUGUGUUCUCCAUGAACGUCUGACUACAUCAUGUGAAAUAUCAGAAAAUGUGCAUAUAUAUUAGGCUUGAUCAGAGGGUUAUUUUAUCAUGUCAUUUUAGCAGCAUCAAGUUUGCCUAAAACAUGAAAUGCCUCUGAAUUUCAAGUUUUAUAUUUUAAUGUUUAUGUAAGGUAUUCUGCCACUAAAGUGAACAAAUGCCUUUGCCUCCAAUGGCCAAAAUGAAAGACAAUUUACUCUUUACUUUACUUUAAUAAUUUACUCUGAAUGAUUUGUAGCAAUGCAUGUGCAUGUUGAAAUUUGAAUCUAUCUUUUGCAACACUUAGUAACUUUGUUAUGAAGAGUAAUGUAUGAGUUUAAAUGAUUAUUAACAGCAAUAUAAAUGGUCACACUGGUAGUUAAAUAUUAGUAAUAUCAGAGUUUAUUCUGAUGCAAAAGGUCAACAAAGUACUGCAAAAGUACACAAAGUUGGUCACAGUCAUAUAUGAACAUCAAGGUUUGCAUCAAUAGUCUUCAUUCUGUUUUCUACUUUUUCAUGUUCAUUAUCAUGGAUCAUAGGACAAGAAUGUUUUGGUGUAGGGUUGAUUUUCAUAAUGAUGCUGUCUUUUAAUUGAUUUAACAUCACUGGAAUAAAUGAACUAGUUUGGAAAUUCAUCUCAA